AUGAAGAAGACGUUGACCGUCGCAGUGAUCUUGACGAGCGCGUUCGUCCUCGCCGCCGGCCAGACCAUCGACGAAUGCCUCAAGCAGGACAGCAUAUCCUGUGUGCAGAAGAGCUUGUACAGGAGCGCGAAGGAGUUCUUCGGCAGGGACCAGCUGGAACUCGUCAGCGGGGUCAGCCUGGUGAAGAGCAAGGAUGACGGCAGGAGCUCCAGGUCCGGCAAGGAGCUCGCGCACGAUCAGGAGAUGGACGUCGCCGCCGGCGUCGUGGAACGACAGAACGCCCUCGAGAACUUCCUCGGCGACGAGGCCACACACUUCCUCACCGGUCGCAGUCUCAGGAUUAAUCUCGCAUCCGCCUUCGAGAAGAUGAAUGAGUCGGCUCGCGCCUUUAGCGAGUCCAUGCCUACAGAGAUUCGCCAGGCUGUGGAUGAAGUGGUCGAAGGUCGCGGCAAGAAGAAGAAAAUGGGCAACAUCUUGCCGCUGUUGAUCGCCGCGAAAGUGAAGAUGGGCAUCUUGGCUACUCUCACGUACUUCAUCGCCGGCAUCCUGGCGAAGAAGGCGAUCUUCGCGUCGCUCCUCUCGCUCGCCAUAUCCGCCUUCGUCGGCAUGAAGUCGCUAUGGGGCGGCAAGGGCGGCCACGACGUCACCGCAUACUCCAACGGCUGGACAUUGCCCAUCGGAGGCGGAUGGUCCGGCGGCGGCGGCGGCGGCUGGUCCGCUCCCGUCGUCUCCGGCGGAUGGUCCGGCGGCGGCGGCGGCGGCGGUUGGGACGAUUCUCACGCAUACGCGCACGGCCAAGCGUACUCCGGAUACCACCAUUAG